CCGCGCUCUCUAACUCAAAAACCCUCGAUCUCUGAGAAGGGGGAAGAAAAAAAAAUCUCUCUUCAUUCAAAAUUUCUUCUUCUUCUUCUUCCUCCUCAAUCCUUGGGAUCUCGAGCGAACACAACAUCUGGGUAUUUCGAAACUUUCUUCUUAAUCUCUUCUGUUCAUGGAAGACAACGAGACCAAGAAAAGCGAGGUCGAGGUCGAUGGCCUUGGUCUGAUUGAUGUCGCUUCUGAGGACGAUAGCCUCCUCUUCUCCUCGUUUCCGGAUCCCACCAGCUACGAGUUUUCCGAGGCAGAUGAGGAUAAAAAAGACUUGAAUGAUGACAAAGAUCAAAACUUCAUGAAAGAUACAGAAUACUGUGACGAAGAGACACUGGUUUCUUCAGUAGAAGAGAAGGAAGAGGUGCUUCAACCUCGUGAGUCACCUGAACCUCAGAAGGCGGUGAAGGCUGGAAAGUAUAAUUUGCGCAAAAGUCUUGCCUGGGACAAUGCGUUUUUCACGAGCGCAGGUGUUUUGGAACCCGAAGAACUAUCCAGUAUGAUGGAAAGCAAUCAUAAGAGUGCAAGGAAAUGCUUACCGGCCAUUCAAGAAGAUAUUAAUAGAUCAACAGAAUCCCUUUCUUCAUUUCAAAGCGACUGCACCGUGGAAAACAGUCAGGAAUUUAUUUUGUUUGAAGAUGUAAGAGCGUCUAUUCAAAGGUCUGCUAAAGCAUCUGAUGCUGCAACACCUGGAAAAAUAAAUGAACAGGGAGAAACCAGCCCUACUUCUAGUACAGUGGACGUCCUUGCCUCCGAGGAAAAGAUGAAACCCAAAGCCAGUCCUAAAAAGCCGAGUAUUAGAGCACAAGGACUAGGGAAGGCAACAAAACAGCCUGUGGGUGCAAGAGGUCUUAGUACAUCCACUCCCAAGCCACCUAACGGACUCAGCAAAGUCAGGCACUUGUCAACAACGUCGAUGAGCAGGGCAUCACUAGAUAUUAACAAAGCCAAACAAGAGAAGAAUUCCAAAUUACCUGCGGGGAAAGAGCCUUUGGGUCCUAGAAUAUCCAUGUCGCGAAGUGCUAGACCCACGUUGCCAAAACCUGCUGUGAUUAAGUCAUCUUUGCGUUCUUCAGCUGCCUCAAAGAAUGAAUUGACAUCUUCCUGCUCUUCACUAGAGAGCUGUGCUAGUGCUUCAUCUAGCGUUUCUCACAAAUCUUCUUUGGAUUCGAUAAAGAAGAAGAAUGAUUCAAGUUCCAGAUUAGCUUCCCACUCAUUGGUAAAUCGAUCUACAUCUAGAGGUAUUAUGGGCCAGCCGCGAAUCCCACCUCAGCCAACCAAUAAGACAUCCAAAUCCAAGCUUUCCUGUAGUGUACCAUCUGAUGGUUCGAUCAGCGAACGUCCAUCACGAGCUUCUGCAACUAGCAAAAUGGCUAAAGAUAAUCAGAAAACUGUCUCUGGUGAAAAGGGUCAUGCAAAUGAUAAUACAUUGCAGACUGUGAAGCCUCUCAAGAACUCUAAAGAUGCAUCUAUUCUUCAAGCUGAUGCUAAGGAGGGCACAAUACGUGUUUCAGCUAUCAGUGGUGGUUUGGUUCCUCCAACAUCCAUGAAACCAUCAGGUCUCCGUGUGCCAUCACCAAAAAUCGGCUUCUUUGAUGGAGCAAGACAUGGAUCAUCUUCAUCUGCCAGUAAGAGGUCUGGAAAGUCUCAACUCACAAAGUCUCCGUCGUCGUCGAAUUCAAAAACUAAGGCAGGUACAAGGCUUGUCUCCGCCUCGUCUCCAAAAGUGCAAAACAAAUUGUAUUCCAAAAUCAAUGCAGAAGAUCAACUUGAGGGGUGAUGAGAAUCAGAUGAUGCCUGAAGGAAUCAGUAGUUCUUUAUAUAAUGGAGCUCUGUUAUCUUCUCUCUUUUAGUAGGAAUUUCCCUGUAUUUCAGAUUCUUAUGUAACCCAACCCUUAAAAAGUAAUAUUAUAAAAAUUGUGCGGCA